AUGCAGACCUGCCAAUACCGAUCAAACAAAACAACAGGGCAGACGCCGAAGAAGCUGCUGCGCAAGAAGAAGACCUACACCAAGCCGAAGAAGAUCAAGCACAAGAGGAAGAAGGUGAAGCUUGCCGUGCUCAAGUUUUACAAAGUCGACUCCAACGACAAGGUGACCCGGCUCCGCCGCGAGUGCCCUCACGAAACCUGCGGCCCAGGCGUGUUCAUGGCAAUGCACUUCAACCGCUACUACUGUGGCAAGUGCCAUCUGACGUACCUGAUCAAGAAGGAAGAAGAAGAUUGGGCAGACUUGCUGUGCACCUCUGCCGCAUCUGAGCCACAGAGCUGGGCCAUCAUCGGCGUCGCGGUUCUUGCCGGGCGCUUAACGUUUGCCAUGCGGCUCUUCGUCCGCGACGUCGCGGGCACCACGCACUGCGUGGAGCCCGCUGCCACCGAGAGCGUCGCAAGCUUGAAGGAGCGCCUCGCUGGUGUUCAGUGCUUCCCUAGUGCAGAGCAGUGCCUGAUCUUUGGCGGGCGCUCGCUCCGGGAUGAGGAACUGAUUGGUGAGUGUGGCGUGGACGAGGAGUCCACCAUCUGGCUCACUGCAGAGCUCAGCGGAGGCGGCAAGAAGCGCAAGAAGAAGACCUACACCAAGCCAAAGAAGAUCAAGCACAAGAGGAAGAAGGUCAAGCUCGCAGUUCUGAAGUUCUACAAAGUGGACUCCAAUGACAAGGUCACCCGCUUGCGCCGCGAGUGCCCCCACGAGACCUGUGGCCCAGGAGUCUUCAUGGCCAUGCACUUCAACCGCUACUACUGCGGCAAGUGCCACCUCACCUACUUGAUCAAGAAGGAGGACAAGUGA